AUGGCCCGCAACAACGCCCUCCGCGUCUCCGCAUCCCGCACAGCCUCGUCAGGCUCAUUCCACGCGGGCGCCCCGAUCCCUACCCUGGGAAACAUCGAAUCCAGCCGGAGAGUCACGAUGCGGCGCCAGUCCACUCAUCGGUACCAUACCUUUCCGACGCCGCCCCCCAAGACGCCUCGCGAGCAGUCCUCGGCCGAGCUCUUCCGACACUCUGACGACAGCUCAAACGGGUCCGAUGGCGAUCAUCACCAGACCCCUCUGCCGGUCAAGCAGCUCGCCCUGCUUGCCUUCCUCUCCCUGAGCGAGCAGACGGCCCUCAACUCGAUUGGCCCCUAUCUGCCUCAGAUGGUCGAGUCCUUUUCCGACAUACCAGACUCUCAGACUGGUCUUUACGUGGGCAUCCUGGCGUCGGCAUUCGCGCUGGCACAAUUGUCAACAAAUUUGCUAUGGGGCUAUCUUUCCGACAUGGUUGGCAGGAAGCCCACUAUGGUCUUGGGCACCUUUAUGCUCGCGGGCUGUUUCGUCGGCUUCGGCUUCUGCAGGACCUACUGGCAGAUUGUCGCUGUCCACGUGGCCAUGGGCAUGCUCAAUGGCAACGCCGCGGUGGUACCGACCGUCCUGGGCGAGGUGACGGAUCGCUCCAACCAAAGCCGGGCCUUCACCUGGCUUCCCGUCAUUUACUCCCUGGGCGGCAUUACAGGCCCCGCGCUGGGUGGUUUGCUAGUCGGCACUCUAGGGAAACGAUACCCGUACCUGGCACCGAAUCUUCUCAGCGCCGCGCUGCUGCUCACCAGCGUGCUGGUCGUCGGGAUCUGGUUCGAAGAGACGCUGGAAAGCCUCGAGCCGGGCAAAAACGCUUGGAUUCCAGACUGGGCCCGCAAGGCAUGGUCUUGGACCCAGCGACCGGCGGAGCCGAGAAGAAACUCUUGGGCCACCCGCUGGCCCCGUCGCGGUUCGCAAAUGGUAGUGAGCACGUCCGACGAUGAGGACGACGACGAAGACGAAGCAGCCGAGGAACAGGGGCUGCUCCAGCCGGGAUCGGAGGGCGGCUCUGAGGCGGACGACGACGCCAAGUCUCCCAGUGACCUCUCGACAUGGCGCCAACUCCUGAACCGCAACACGAUCCUGGUGUUGCUGACGUACCUGGUCUUCCAGCUGUCCAACAUUUCCUACAACAGCCUCUACCCCAUCUUCGCCGACGCCAACCCGCCGACGGGCCGUGGCCUGCCACCGAGCAAGAUCGGCAUCAGCUUGAGUCUCGCCGGCGUGGCCACCAUUGUGUUCCAGGGUUUCCUCUUCCAGCCUCUGAAGACGCGGUUGGGCAACCUGGGCACGUACCGCAUUGCGUUGCUGGGACUGGCCCUUAGCAUGGCCAUGAUGCCCUGGAUUGGCUACCUGGACGAUGAACCGCUGUUUGGCGUCGGCACCGGGUCUACCUGGCUGUACAUUGAGCUGGGAAUCAUCCUCAUCAUCAAGAACAUUUGCGCCGUCGGCGGUCUCUCUAGUGUGAUGCUUCUGAUUACGAAUUGCGCUCCGAACCAUGCGACCUUGGGCACCUUGAACGGCAUCGCCCAGACUCUUUCGGCAGCAGGCCGCAGUUUCGGACCCUUCGUCUCGGGAGCGCUAUUCACCCUGUCCACGCGCGUCCAUCCGAAAGGCGAAGCACUGGCAUGGGGUAUCUUCGGAGGUAUCGCUCUGCUUGGCUGGCUGGGGUCCCUCGCCAUCCGCAACCGCGGUCUCGAGAGUGACGACUGGGUCGGCGAGGAGGACGGCACCGACGGCGAGACCGAGCCAUAA